ACCUGCACACCACACCUCCUCAGCUGCACCUCUCAUGCAGAUCUUGGUCAUCUAAGAACCCACGCUGUCGGUGUCUUUGUCACAUUCGUCUCUAGGUUGCACUCGCGUUGGCAGCCACAUCUCGCUCCGAUCGCGCACUCACUAUGCACUGUCGCGCCCGAUAGCAGCCCCGGCAAUGCCUUCCACCUCGCCGGGCAAUGCUCCCCCUCCGCAGACCCUAUUCGAACAAAUCCUCCCUGGCGCACCCUCCGUCUCUUUACAGACAGUCGCGUGCUUCUCUCUCCGUCAGAAGCGCUAUGUCGUAUACAUCUCGGGGCGGCAGCUUAAUAUCUUCUCGGGGCCUCACGUGCUGGUGCAAUGCCUAUCGUUCAGUGAUGAUCUGACAGCGGUCACGGCCGAAACAUGGACUGGCAGGAUUGCACUGGCGGGAAGGCAAGGGUUAUGGAUCAUCACACCCGUGUUGGAGGGUUGGACGAGCGUGCGAUGGGAAAAGACGUUAUACUUGCGCCUCGACGAUCCCGGCGACCAGAUCUCCACACUCAGUUGGGGGAUGGAAGAGGAAGUGCUGGUCGGCGGAAUCAAAAAUCUAUGCCUGUUCUCUACACAACCUGCGUCGCCUACAAGUGCUGCGUCGUCGCUGACCGACCCGGACAUUGUGGCGGAACGCCGAAGUCUUUGGUCAAAGAGAUUGCCUUCUCCAGUGCAGCACGCUGCGUUCAGCCCGAGUGGGACAUUGAUUGCUACUUGUGGAGUCUAUGAUCGACUUGUCAAGAUAUGGCGACGGCUCUCAUUCGAGGAAGGGCUCUUCGACCACAUGUACCUCCCGCAUCCAUGUCCAGUCACUUCUGUGCAAUGGCGGCCAAGGCCGGAGCCGAUUUACGCGGUGGACGAAGACGACAUUGCCACUAAGCAGGACGACGAUCUCGAGGUGCUUUAUACUAUCGCUCAUGACGGUAUCCUGCGAGUGUGGAAGACGGGCACUGUGCACGAUUUGGACAUAUUGACCUUGCAUACUACCGUCGACUUGGUUUCCGCCGUUCCUGAGUCACCCACAACUACACACAAACCCGACCUGCCAACGACUUGCAAUCAGAACGCUCGGUUCACCUGCAUCCUGUCGUCCGACCAAUUCUGCGCUGCAGUCAAUGCCGCUAUAGGUACGGACGAGACGCAAAUCCAUUCCUCUGAGCAUCUCAAAGAGGUCGCGUCGAAAGAACCUGAAGUUCUCAUUAGCUUUGACGGGCAGGGAAGGAUGUCCGCCUGGGGCUUGCAAAGUAUCGGUCACAAGCGCCGACCAGAAACUCCAACCCAGCCUCCAAGUUCGCCGUUUCACAUCACUCAAGCAGAGAAACUGCCGGUUCGGUUCCCCGAGGGCGUCAACGCAUUGCUCCACAUCUGGUGCGAAGGGAGAAAUGUUAACCUGAUUGGCCACAGCUCGGAUGGGAAGGUGCAGUGGUGGCGAGGCAAUCUGCAGGACUUCUUUUCACUGUCAUUCUCGGGCUCCACUCAACUCAAUGAAGCUGCAUACUGGUCUGGGCAUGCGAAGGGUGAGAUCGGGUUACUCGCUGCCCUCUCAGUUGGUCGCAGCUUGCUUUCGGUUGCUUCUGGUGACGAUGUGCUACAUUGGGCUCAGCGUAAGGAAGGCGUGCUUGAGGCUUCGCAAGCUUGCAGGACCCGAGGUCAAGUAAUUGAUGUCGCGCUCCUUGCACACGACUCAUCCGCUCAGCUAUCCCUCAGCUUGCAACUUGCGUCUGCUCAGGAAUCCAAAGGCGUCCUGCUGUUGCUGCGAGAUCAAGAGUGGCGGGAAUUGUCCAAACUGUCUCAAGAGGGUGAAGUGGACUGGGACGAUCGGGAAUGGCGUCUUUUCGUUCCCUAUGGUUCCCAGACGCCCUACAGUCGAUGCGCGCUCCUACACCCCAGCGGAAGAGUGUUUAGCUGUCUCGUUGACAGCGCGAAGAGGACUCUUUUGCAUGCAACCCAGCUCGUAUUACCGGAGAAUGGUCGCUCCGAUCCUCUCCUGCACCUGACUGCGAUCAUAGACUCAAUUGAUCCCGACAGAUUUGGUGUGGUGGCACUGUCGACCACUGGUGAUCUGCUGCUAUACCACCUGCAAGCAUCGAACGAAGGCACCCUGGACCCUGUAUUGAUUGCAGUCUUUGAGUCUGGCGUCCGAAAUGCAAGUGUACUUGCAUCGAAUAACGAUUUUGCUUUCGUUGUUUCUUCUGACGGCUUGGAACUGACUAUCGUCGAUUUGACUGAUGGGUACGUUGAAUACCGCUUGAAAUCCGAUAAGCAGAUACGAAGCAUUCUGCCGAACCAACUCGAUAGUCUUGUUGCAAUUCGGUACGAUACCACCAUCGACAUUCUUGCACAGUGCCGAAUCGGAUAUCGCGAGGAGAUGCCGCCAUGGGUUCUCAUCAAACAAAUCAGCAUAUCUAACGUCGGACUGACGAUCAGCUCGCUGACUUGGCUGGGAGAUGGCAGUUUGGCCAUAGCUGCGAGCAGCGUUAUCUUUGUCUCGAGCAACGUCGUCGAUGUCGACAGCCUGGACGCUGAUGUUCGCGAGGCGACUGGAGCCGAAGCUGUUCGUCCCCAAACGCUGAGGCUGUCGACCGUGUCGAAGAGUCUACGGAAACCUCUGCCGGUAUGGCACCCAACCUUUGUUGCCCACAUUGUUCGUCUUGGCCAUUGGGCGCUGGCGGCAAGCUUGGUCAACCGGCUGCUCGAAAAGGUCAAGUUCUGGAGUGAAGGGGACCUCUUACCCGCACUGCUGAACGUGCCCGCUUCGCAGCUUUAUGGAGCCGAGGGUGUCCAAGAAGAGAAGCCUGUGAAUCGGGAGACAGUCGACGACAUCUUGGAGCAACUCAACCAGAAACAGCUUCCACAAAUCUCGCGAUCGGAACAGCGCCGCCUAGCGAGCGUCUUACAAGCGAUGAUAUUCUGUUCCGAGCAUGUCAAUGGGCUUGACAAUUUGGCGCUUCGGUAUUUGUUCAGCUGGAAAAUGGAGCUGCUACUGACGGAAGCAAAACAUCCGUCACAUGGCUUGGUGCCCAAUGGCUUAAGUACAGAUCAUGCCAUCGCGCCAUCUAUGCACUGGCGAGAGGUAGCAUUUGCAUUCCACAGCACAAGCCAGCAACCACUGCUUGACGUCUUGAUGGAACACUACGACAACAAGAUCACGUGGGAUGUCGCGAAGCGACUUGGGCUGUUUGCCUGGCUAUCCGACAGAGAGGCUUUGGAUCGGAUCUUUGAGGCUCUUGCACAGACGGCUUACCGGUCGGCAUCGCCUCCAGAUCCUAUCAAUGCCUCACUGUACUUUCUCGCCUUGCACAAAAAGCAGACACUGCUAGGACUAUGGCGGAUAGCGACGUGGCAUAAGGAACAACGAGCCACGAUCAAUUUCCUGCGGCGAGACUUCAACGCGGCUGAGAAUCAAACAGCGGCAAAGAAGAACGCUUAUGCAUUGAUGGGAAAGCGGAGAUUUGAAUAUGCUGCAGCAUUCUUUUUGCUGGCCGACGAUGGAGCCAGCGCCGUCAGCGUUCUCGCAGGGCAGUGCGGCGAUGUCAUGUUGGCCAUCGCUGUCGGCCGAUUGUACAGCGGGGAUACCUCACCUGCGAUUCGGAGACUCUUAGAAGAACGACUGAUUCCUGAGGCAAAGCAGAAGAAUGAUCGAUGGCUCCUGAGUUGGAGCUACUCUCUUCUCCGUGAACUGGAGCAGGCCACUCACGCCGUUGUGCGACCUCUGAGAGGCGUUCGAGACUGGCAACAGGACGAUCCGGCAUUGCUCAACCUGUAUCAACACCUCCGCCAGUCUGAAUCAGAGUAUGGAUUUGACGCGGUGCUCCGAGCGGCAAGGACACUUCGACGAAUGGGCUUGUGGUUGGUGGCACUGGAGCUUGUUAGCAAGUGGACCUUUAAGCGGCCAGAAGCCGCCAAAGCAUCGUUUGCAGAUCAUACUCCCAAUGGAAUGACUGAGGAAGCGCCCUCGAUCCUGGACGAAUUCACAGAACCGGAAAAGCGUGAUGGAACGGUGGACCUGCCUGAAGUCACUACUGCGCAAGACGAGAAGGCGGCGAGGGAGGCGAAGGCUGCCGAGCUGCUGAAACAAAUCAAGGCGAAGAAGGCCGGCACGGCUCAGCCCAACACGAACAAUCAGGAGAAGAAGCAGCCGACACAGUUCAAGGAGCCCGAUGCGAGUAGCCUGCUCGACAGCUUCGGUUUGUGAGUCGACGGAUUCUGCUGAGCUUUAGCUAGAAACAAGGUACAAUGCUUUCCUUCC